CACACGCUAGAUGGCAGCAGAUACAUGACAGAGGGAUAUAUAACACACAGUGUGUCUUCCAUCUAGUUAUUUACCUCAGUGAGGUCCAUGUGUCAGCUGAUGCAACACGCUUCCUGACACAUAUGGUGAUACACAUGGUGACACAUAUGAUGGAGACAGCUGAGAAGUUGAGUUUGCUGGGUCUCUCAGAGCAGAAGGUGAAGGAGACGCUGAAGAAUGAGGCGCUGACGGCCCUCCUGACCUCCAUUGCUGACCAGGCUCGUGCAAAAGGUGAGCUGACCAAAAGUGUUGGUAAUUUGCUCUAUAACCUCGGUACCAAGCUUCCACGGCAGUUUCACAGUUGUCUUCCAUUUUUAGUGGAUUACGUGGCAGAUGGUCGUAUAAAUCAAGAAGCCAAACUUACAGCAGCAAUUAAGUUUAUCCAGGACCAUGCCAUGGGUGAUAUUGACACAGCUGCAUUUGGAAAAGCAUGCGGUGUGGGGAUAGAGGUGUCUCAGGAUGAAAUAGAAGCUGGAGUGGCACUUGUCAUCAGCAAACAGAAGGAAGCCAUUCUAAAACAAAGGUAUCGAUACAACACAGGGCCACUCAUGGGCCAGGUCCGGGCAUCCCUUCAGUGGGCUGACAGUCGUAAAGUCAAAGAGGAGAUAGAUCUGCAACUUUUGACACUCUUGGGCCCAAAGAGAGAAGAAGAUUUAGUUAAGCCAGUCAAAACAAAAUCAGACAAGAGAGAGAAGGGAGAAGUGUGUGCAGUGUUGCCAGUGCAGCAGCCAGAGAAGCAGUGUGUGACCAUGACGGAGUUCCUGAAGACAGUCACGUUUCAUGCUCCUGGGGACAAUCAUAAGACUGAAGGAUAUGUUAUAACCGAGAACACCCAUCGACUGUUAAAGGAACAUCUUGAGAUCACUGGUGGACAGGUACGCACCCGCUUUCCUCCAGAGCCCAAUGGUAUUCUGCAUAUUGGCCAUGCAAAAGCUAUCAACAUCAACUUUGGGUAUGCAGCAGCCAACAGUGGAGUUUGCUUUCUCCGUUACGAUGACACCAACCCGGAGAAGGAAGAGGAGAAAUUUUUUGUGGGAAUUAGGAAGAUGGUUGAGUGGCUCGGUUACAAACCAUACAAGAUAACACAUUCGUCAGAUUACUUCCAACAAUUGUAUGAGUGGGCGAUUGUGCUUAUCAAGAAAGGUUUGGCAUAUGUUUGUCAUCAGAAGCCAGAAGAAGUACGGGGAUAUGAUGCUCCACCUUCUCCCUGGAGGGAUAGACCUGUUCAUGAAUCUCUCCAGUUGUUUGAGGACAUGAAGCAUGGUAAAUUUGAUGAAGGAGAAGCAACAUUACGACUCAAAACAAUCUUGGAGGAAGGGAAAGCUGAUCCCGUUGCUUACCGGAUUAAAUUUGUACCUCACCACUGUACAGGUGAUGAAUGGUGCAUCUAUCCCACCUACGACUACACUCAUUGUCUUUGUGACUCCAUUGAACAUAUUACUCACUCUCUGUGUACAAAAGAGUUCCAGGCAAGACGAUCAUCUUAUUACUGGUUAUGUAAUGCCCUGGAUAUAUAUUGUCCAGUCCAGUGGGAGUAUGGUCGCCUCAACAUGCACUAUACUGUUGUCUCCAAGCGUAAAAUUGGUAAACUCAUUUCAGAAGGCCAUGUUCGAGAUUGGGAUGAUCCUAGACUCUUCACCUUAACAGCACUUCAGCGUAGAGGAUUCCCUCCAGAGGCCAUCAAUAACUUCUGUGCUACGCUUGGAUUAACCGGCGCUCAAAUAUCCAUUCAUCCCGAUGCCUUAGAGGCUUGUGUGCGUGAUGUUCUCAAUGUUACUGCUCAUAGGUAAGUUGAUAAGUAUGCA